AUGGCUUCGCAUUCACGUACAGAUUCAGAUCGCGUUCGCGAGAUCACCAUUCCGCAGAGCGCAAAAGAGGAAUUCAUUGCUCUCAGACAUCUUGGAUCAGGUCAAGAAGGCUAUGUCGUUCUCGCUGUACAUCGUUCUAGUCCGAAAACUCUGGCGUCAUGCGUAGGUCUCAAAUUCAAUUCAGGCGAGAAGGUUACAUCGAUCAGGAAAAGCUUACUCGAGAAGCUCAAAGGAAUGGAAGGCGAUAGAGAUCAUCUAAUCGCCGCUGUACAUGGCUACCCGGACAUGGAUAGUCCCAACUGGCAUGCUCUUGAAUACAUACCUGGACACAGCAUCCAAGACCUGCUGAGAAACCACAAGAUCUACAAAGUACACGGGCUACCGCCUUGUGUCAUCUUCCACGUCUUUGCUGAACUCGUACGCGUCCAAAGGCACCUCAAAGAGCACGGGUACUGCCAUAUCGAUCUGAAGGAAGGCGGCAACGUCAUGCUAAGCAACAAAGAUGACGACGUCUUCCCGACCGUAACACUCAUCGACUUUGGGGGCAUUUGGCCUUACAAUCGACCCAAGGAGUUUGAGCACACCCUUUACUUAGCCAGGAAAAUGUGGAAGGGAAACACGGAGAUUGCUGAACACUGGCGACUAGAGCAGUUCGAAGAAGAUCGGAAGCAAGCCAACGAUCAGUGCAAAAUGAUCCAUGAUCGAGCAGCAGGCGAGAUCAAAGAGACAGACUCACUAGAAGACCUUUGGAAGGAAUGUGGGAAAAGCUUCGAGGAGCUAAAGCAGAGCUUGACAGAUAAGUCGGCACUCAAGGAGUUACGAGAAGCACUAGACGAUAAGAAGAUCACGGAACAAGAUGUCGUGGAGGGCGAAGAGUUGCCUCUGGAAGAGGUUUGGGAUGUGGGCAUUGGAAUGGAGUACAUACCCAGGUAA